AUGCAACUCACUACCACCCAACUUGCACAGAGAAGAGAAAGAAACCGAAAGAGUCAGCGGAGAUCGCGCCAAAAAGUGAAGGAUGAGAUCGAUACUCUCAAACGCCAGAAUAAAGACCUUGAGUUAAACAACGUGUCGCUACAAGAGCGGCUACGGCAUGCACUAGCAGCCAUCGAUGUAUUGGAAAAUGGUGCGAGUUUACAAUAAAAUGCCAUCUUGAGGUAGAGAGUGC